CUGUCUGCAGUGAUCAUGUCUUCCAGGGAGCGUCGGUCAGACCUAUACAUCAAGGCAGAGCCCAGCAGUCCAGAGGGAGGUGGAGGAGGCCGGGCCAGCCCAGGGGGAGCCUCCUCAGACUCCUCACAGAGUGGUGGAGGAGGGACAAGAGGAGACGGGGUUGGGCGCUACUCACCCCCUCUGUACACACCGGGCCUGCGCUGGCACUUCAAGGAGGAGGGUGCUGAUGGGGCGGAGGAGGGAUCCACAGGUAGCGGAGGAGGGCGGUGCAAGUAUGCCCUGAGCACGCUACCCAAGAGACUGUGUUUAGUGUGUGGAGACGUAGGGUCUGGCUACCACUACGGUGUAGCCUCAUGUGAGGCAUGCAAGGCCUUCUUCAAGAGAACCAUCCAGGGUAAGGAUGGGUGUGUGGGUGAAGUUGAGUGUGUUUCCUGUGCGUUUCUGCAAUCCAGUAUAAUGAAUGAAAUGGGAUAGACCUUGACUGCUUUGACAGAAGUCUCAUAUCGCUAUUGUUGGUUUCUUCUCCUUGUCUCCGUCCUUCUUUCCACCUCCUUGCCUUACCUAAGGUAACAUUGAAUAUAGCUGUCCGGCAUCAAACGAAUGUGAGAUCACCAAGAGGCGCAGAAAGGCUUGCCAGGCAUGUCGCUUCACCAAGUGCCUUAAAGUAGGCAUGCUGAAAGAGGGUGAGUAUAUGAUCCAGAGCCCUUAACUAGUGGACUGGUCUGUUUGAUGCAGUGUGAAAAGUAGUUAUUUGAUUAAGAUCUGCCUUUUUUUUAUCUCCAUACUUCUCCAAACAAAGGGAGUUUGUUUGUCUCUUUUUCCCUCCUACUCUCCUACUCUCUCACUCUCCUACUCUCCUACUCUCCUACUCUCCUACUCUCCUACUCUCCUACUCUCCUACUCUCCUACUCUCUCACUCUCCUACUCUCUCACUCUCCUACUCUCUCACUCUCCUACUCUCCUACUCUCUCACUCUCCUACUCUCCUACUCUCUCACUCUCCUACUCUCCGUAUCACUUUCGCUCCAUUGUCGUGGUGUUGUGUGUUGCAGGAGUCCGUCUGGACCGGGUCAGAGGAGGGAGGCAGAAGUAUAAAAGGCGCCCAGAGGUGGAGAAUGCGACCUACCAGAGUGCCCCUCUACCGCUUAGGAAGGAAGGGGAGAAAGGUAGGAGAUUAUUCAGGAUACAUUUUCAGAGUUUGUCUUGAAAGAACACUCUUAAAUGUGCAGUCCAUUUUUCCAGAGAGCCCUCAUUUCUCAACAGAAGCAUCAAGUAACAUUAUUUCCACACAAGGACGAGUUUAGAUGAACAUAGUGCCUUUGUUCUUUGUGACAUCAGUUGUGCCAUGACCUUUGCUUUCUGUUUGUGUGUGUGACCCAGGCUCCUCCAACAUCAUCGUGUCCCACCUCCUGGUGGCAGAGCCAGAGAAACUGUUUGCCAUGCCUGACCCCCUGCAGCCUGAUACGGCUCAGCGCACACUCACCACCCUCUGUGACCUCGCGGACCGCGAGCUGGUCGUCAUCAUCGGCUGGGCCAAACACAUCCCCGGUAAGGGGGGCAGUGGAGAGGAAUUGGCGGGGGAGGGAGAUUGACAUGGGAAGAGAAUGGUGGAAAGUAUGGAAAGUGAAGUGAAAUAAGUUAGUGGGAACUAGCCCUCAGCUCUUAUCAGUAGCCCAGCAGUGGUUCACUAUGCCUUAAUCAGGGACUAGAAGGCUGUCUCGUUGUAUCAUCUUUUUGCCUAGUGAUUGAUCAGUCAGUCUACCCUGUCCCCCCCUUGCAGGCUUCCUGUCGCUGUCCCUGGCAGACCAGAUGUCGGUGCUGCAGUCCGUGUGGUUGGAGGUGCUGGUGCUGGGUGUGGCCUUCCGCUCCCUGGGCUGUGAGGAUGAGGUAGUGUUCGCUGAGGACUUUGUCCUUGACGAGGAGAUGUCCCGCGUGGCUGGACUGACAGAGCUCAACGCAGCCAUCAGCCAGCUGGCCCGACGCUUCCGCUCCCUGCAGCUUGACCGGGAGGAGUUUGUCAUGCUCAAAGCCAUCGCACUCACUAACUCAGGUAAACUAGCUAUACAAAAGUAUACCCAUAGAAUACCCAUACAAUCAGCAUUAGGCGGAGUGUCAUAACAUGAAAAUGUGAUGAAAGCAGUAGGUGAGACUGAAAUACCGAACCCUCCAUAUGUACAAUUAGUUGCUAAUAUGACGACAUGCUUUAUUUGAAGCGCUAUUCUACUUUCAGUUUCAUUAAGCAACAGUUUAUGUCCAAUAGUUUAUUUAAAAGAAAAUACAACUCAAGAAAUCAGCGAAGACAGAUUAGUAAAGAUCUGUGUCAUAGUCUCAAUCUCUGAAGAGAUUGUUGAUGAAAAUAACUCCAGCCCUGAGGGACUGACAGACAAUUGCUGUAAACAGCAGAUUCACCCCUACGGUCUGCUUAGCCCACAAAGGCACUAUUUGUUAUGCAAAUAUAAAGAUGGUCAUUACUCUGGACCGGUUUGUCCUGUUCCUUAAUCACCCACGUUUGCUUACAAAACCCUCUCUCCAAAAGAUAAAAGAAAGCGUUUAGAAAAUACACCCUCUUCCCCCACUGAUAUACACUCUGACCAUGCUCCCCCUCUCCCCUGCCAGACUCUGUGUACAUAGAGGACAUGGAGGCGGUGCAGAAGCUGAGGGACCUCCUCCACCAGACCCUGUUGGAGAUGGAGUGCCAGCGACGCCCCGAGGACCCCCAGCGGGCGGGGCGCCUCCUCCUCACCCUCCCCCUCCUCCGUCAGACGGCUGGUCGCGCCCUCACCACCUUCUACAGCAUCAAGACCCGAGGCGGCGUGCCCAUGCACAAACUCUUCCUAGAGAUGCUGGAAGCCAUGAUGGACUCGCCCUAGAGAGAAGGGAGGAUGAGGAGAAGCCAAGGAGAGCGGAUGCAAGGCCACGAUGAGAGACAGGCAUGGCUGGCUGGUGUGAAUGGAGAGGUUAUUAUUAGAUUUUGAUAAUGAAGAAUGUGGAGAUUAUCUCUGGAUUUUUUUGCAUAGCCUCUUCGGAGAUUCAAAAUUGUGUUUAAAAAAACGGAGAAAACAUGUAUACAUGUUGUAGAUGCCCUCAGUGGAGGUUGAUGGUGGAGUUUAACUCCUUAAUACCUGACUGCCAAACUUCAUUGAAAGAGUCCAAGACUUAGUCAGCAUGAAAAUGGGAAGAAACUCAAUGAAAGACAUCCAAUAAAUUUGAAUGUCAGAAUCAUAUUAGAUUUCCACUAUCCCUAAGGUUUUUCAUUUGUAGCAUUAUCCACUGGGCACAGACGUCAAUUCCACGUCUAUUC